AUGCUUGAAACGCAGAUUGACAACUAUGACACGGUGGAGGAUGCGAUCAAAUUUAUGACGGCGGCCGAAUUUGCCGAGAAUCCCAUCGGGACGGAUUUCGAUGUGGAAGUGAUGGUCACGGCCAUUCAAAAUGGUUUGGAUGAGUCUGUUUUGAAAAAGCGCAAGGAAAUUGGUCGUCGAGGUAUGCCCGAUUUGGCGAAAUCAGACGAUUGA